AUGAGACCAUGGCAACGUGCAGGAACAGACUUGUUCUACUUCAAAGGAAGUAAUUACCUACUAGUCGUGGACUACUUUUCGCGUUUCGUGGAAAUAGCAAAAUUGGACUCUACUACGUCAGAAGACAUUAUUGUACAUCUAAAAUCCAUUUUCAGCCGUCAUGGCAUAGUGGACAUUCUGGUCUCUGAUAACGAACCACAGUACUCGUCAGAUGUGUUCAAACAAUUCGUGCGUGACUUCGGGUUUGAACAUGUAACCAGUAGUCCGAAGUUUCCUCAGAGUAAUGGGGAAGCGGAACGAGCGGUGCAGACGGUAAAGAAACUGUUACGGAAAAAUGCAGACCCUUACGUUGCAUUAAUGUCUUAUCGUGCAACACCGCUACAGAAUGGCUAUAGUCCCGUGGAACUCUGUAUGGGGCGCCGUAUCAAAACGAAUCUGCUCAUUGGACCAAACCAACUUGUACCCAGUUGGCCUUACUUGGAGGAUGUCCAGUCUAAGGAAUCGGUUCAGUCUGAAAAGCAGAAAAUCAACUAUGACAAACGUCAUCGUGUUAAGGAUGAAACUGUGCUGAAACCGGGAGAUCGCGUGUGGAUCAAAGAUUUCGCAACUCUGGGAGAAGUAGUUAUGCCUGCAUUACUCCACGUUCAUAUCACGUUCAAACUUCAAAGGGCAUGA